CAUACAAACUAACUGAGGAAAUCCGCUUAAUGGGUACACAAAAGACUCCUAGUGUCCUCGGUUUUGUGUUGUUGACCAACUACUCCUAACUGUGAACAAAAUUAUCUUGCAUAAGAGAGCCAUACAAAUAAAGGUGUAUAUAAGUAACGCAGUUACGCCGCCUUUUUUGUACAACGGCUUUGUACUUCCGUUCGUAAACAAACCAUGUAAUCGACGAGCUUUUGCACAGCCCUACAACAGUUAUUAAAAAUAAAUAUUGAAAAUGUUAAAAUCGGAGUUCUUAAAACACUACAACAAUUUCAAAUGUGCCGAAAUAUAUUGUAUGUCACCACCAGCUGUCUUCAAUGUGACCUGCAUUUUGUGUGACCAGCAACUUGACCUUGAUCAAUUUGUGGUCCAUUUUCAAAGUUGGCAUCUUACGCUGGUAGAAGAAAGCAUCCGACUUCAAGAUUUGGUGGGAGCACAAGAACAACCGUUAGUCAAAGAUUGCUUGCUUACAGAUGAACUUGUCAUCAAAGAAGAAAUUGAUAGUGAUCCCAUCAAACAUGAAGACUUAUCCAAUAAUUAUCCUUCUGUAGAAACACUUGAGAACAGAUUUUCGAAAGAAAUCUCGUACGAUGAGAUGGCUGAAGAGAAUGAGGAUGAUGAAUGCUUGCAGCAAUUAGUUAAUGAAAAUAAAAAAAGAGAAUCAAAUAAAGCCGUAGAAUCCUGCGAUGUGAAUUUUCAAAGCACUGUGAAUUCCAUUGAAGAUAUUGGCCUUCUGGGAGCAGAAGAUACAAAUGGAAGCGACGAGAGUUGUUCAGAUGAGGACGAGUGGUCGGACGAAUCCAAACAUCAUAAAAACAGUAAUAACUCUAGCAAGGAGCUUCCUUUCAAAUGUUCCCUCUGCCCACGAUCAUAUAUGACAAAGCAUGCCUUGCAAAAACAUCACUAUAGUGCCCAUAAUCCCAAGAAACGAGACCGUAAAACGCCCAAGCCAGUGCAUAAGUGUGAUAUAUGUAAUGAAAUAUUUCGUUCGGCAAUUGUUUUGGGAGCACAUCGAUUUAAGCAUACCGGCAUAUUUUGUGAUAUUUGCGGCAAACCAUUUAAGCAGGUCGGGACUAUGGUGCGUCAUAAAAUACGACAUACCGGUAUUAAGGAAUUUAAAUGCCAAGAAUGUCCCAAAGAGUUUUUUACCGCCAAGGAACUAAAAUCGCACAUGUAUUGUCACAUUGGAAUGCAAAUAGUUUGUGAAAUUUGUGGCAAAAAAUGUCGAGAUCGCGGAGUGUUGACCGCUCACAUGCGAAGACAUACCGGAGAGAGACCAGCAAAAUGUGAAGUAUGUGGCAAAAGCUUUUUCUCCAUCUACGAUUUAAAUGUACAUGCUGUUGCCCACACCAACGAUCGCCCUUUUCCAUGUGAUAUCUGCGGCUCUAGAUUUCAACGUAAGAAGGCUCUGCGUAUUCACAAAAGAAUACAUUCAAAAGACCGCAGCAAUCAUGUCUGCAAAAUAUGUGGUAAAUCCUUUGCCCAGUCAAGUGGAUUAAAUUCGCACAUGCGAACACAUGAAACUACCAUGCAUAGAUCUGAUGUAAAAACUAUGACAUCAACACUCAUGGCACCACCUGAAUUUAUUGGAAACUCACUCAACAGUCUGGAUAAUGAGGGAGCAGCCGAAACAAGUACCAACUGUCCAAUAACCGAAAUUUCUCUUUCUAAUGUGGAACAACAAAAGCUAUUAAACGAAUAUGAUCUAUAAGGAAAAUUAAAAUAAAGUAUGUAUUGGUACAUUA